GCGACGCGAGGAGGGCGGGGACAGCCCGCCCCCUGGUGCCUCCUGCACCCCGGGGUCCCGGGCGUCUGGAUCCCCGCCCCGUCCCCCGCCGUUGUCUCCUCCGCGGUGUCGUGCGAGCUGCUUUUGGUCCGGGCACUGCGUAGUUCCUUUGGGGGAUGAGUCGGGGGCUCGCCGGAGAAAGCCCCGUCCUGCUGCCCCGGGGUCCUCCUCCCCCUCGGGAGAGAGUGCUGCUCCCGGACGGCUCCCCCGAGUCCUCCCCUCCCCACCUGAAGGCGCUGGAGCGCACUGCCCGGGGGGCUUUGUCCGCCGCCCCACCUCUCGGGGCUGCGAUGGGCCCGAGACGGGCUCGGCGCGCAGGACACCGGGUGCGGGGCUCGUGGGGGAAGAACCUCCCCCGUUAGGAGCAGGAGUGCUCCGGUUGGAGUGGCGGACACGAGUUCCGGGCCGAGGGCUGAAUCUACCCGCGGGUGCUGAUUUGGGGGCUGUUUGUCGAAGUGCCCAGCCGUUCCGUGCGCGGGGACAGCGUCCUGUGGGCUCAGGAGCGCAGUUGCACCGCUUCUGCAGAUUUGGGUGCUCACGGGCAGGCUGGCUGAGCCGCAGCCGCUUGUCCGGUUGGUACCGUCUGGCCCGACUUCAUAGGGUGGACGUGAAUGAAACCCGGAUGGAGUAUAAAAACCACUUCAUCAGUUUUGUUCCUUUUCUUCCCCCUCGCCCGUCCUGUUUCAGAAAUGUUCUUUUGGGCCCAGAGUCUGGGUAUACAUGAGUGCAAAUCCUCACCCAUUCACAAAUAAGCCUAGGAAUCUCCACCGAGAGGAUCACUUCUCUGUAGGCCGUUAGCCCAGGUAAUUAUUUUUUAAGCCGACAUCUAAGAUGGUUUUCAAUCCCUGAAUAGGUGUCAGGCACCGGAGUAAAAAUAUGCAAAGCAGAUCCGUGCCCCAGACUCACAAUUGGUGGGGAUGCAGCAAAUGUGUGGUAGGGGUGGGAGACAAAAAGCGAACAGCUCGACUCCGCGCAGGCAAGUGCACUGAGAUGUGCAAAGUCCUGAGAGGGUACGAGCGUCGGCUGAGAGCGGAAGUGCGAGGAUGGGUCAGAUAAGCCCUCAGAUGUGAUGACGUGCAGGGGUUGAUUGCACACGGGAGGCUCUCAGAUUUUCUCAGAAUCACUGCUGAGGUGUUUUUGAAAAACCGAAUCUGAGUUGUAUUUAUCUCAUCUUUUUUUGUUUUUUUUUUUUUUAAUUUUUUUUUUUUUUUAAUGUUUAUUUUUGAGACAGAGAGAGACGGAGCAUGAACAGGGGAGGGUCAGAGAGAGAGGGAGACACAGAAUCCAAGGCAGGCUCCAGGCUCCGAGCCGUCAGCACAGAGCCCAAGGCGGGGCUUGAACUCACCGAUGGUGAGAUCAUGACCUGAGCCGAAGUCGGACGCUUAACUGACUGGGCCACCCAGGCGCCCCUAUCUCAUCUUUUUUUGAAGUUCCUUUGCUGAGUCUGAUGUGCGUUGAGGGUUGAGCGCCAGGCAGAGCUGCGAAGGUUGGGUGUUCAGUGCGAGCUUCUCUGAAAGCAGGAAAGGCCAAACACCCUGCAUGCAGCAUUUUAGGAAGAGCAAGUGGGGGGGGGGGACCGUGAGAGAUGCCGAAGCCCGAUAACGGAGGGCCUUCUGCAGUGAGGUCAAAAAAUGUGAAUUUUAUCCCGAAACUGGGGGAGUUCAAAGGUCAGUUUUUGCUUUCCCCUUCCGCAGUAUGCUGGGGGAAGAAUUGGUGGUGGAUGAGAUAAGAGCCAUUAUUUAUUUAGGCUUCUGCAAUCCAGACAAAUGGUGAAAAUACAUCCUAUUAAGGGGGUGGCAGCGUCGCUGGGAAUAAAGCGUAGAUACAAUUAAGGAGGGAGACCCUGGAAUUGAAGAUGGAUGCUAAGGGAGGACAUCUAGGGUCAUUGUCUUUGAAAACAAGGGACGGUAAUGUCACACGAGUAGAGAGCAUAUAGGGUGAAUCACGGGUUUAAGGGAAGGAUUUCCUUCUGUCUCUGUCUUUGAGAUGCCAGCUCUGUGCAGUUGGAUACUGAAUGUAUCUGCGAGACUGUAGGCUAGGCUGCAAUUGUCGUUUAUUGAGUGCCUGAAUGACAGCUAAGUGUCGCACUGAGAGAGAGAGUUUUACAUGCUUUCUUCCGUUACAGGUAGUAAUGGAAAAAGUGGUUUGAAUUAGGUCACCCAGAAAGAGAAAUGGGAUGGAGAGUCCUGAGGCAAGCCUUUGGAAACUGAUAUUUGAAGGGGAACAAAGGAAGAAGUGACCGUGAAGGAGAUUGGGUAGAGGAAGUGAAAGGAGAAUGGUGUGCUGUCUUAGCUAAAGAAUGCAUGGUCAAGAAUUUUUAUAUGCUUUAGAGGAGGCAGAGAAAAAACUCUGUUGGAUUUGGUGAUACAGAGAUGACUAGGGACUCUGGGAAAACAUGCAGUGAAAUGUAAGGGUAGAAGCCAGAUCGCCAGGGAGCUAUUAAGCAGACAAAUCCAGAUUACUUUUUCAAGAAGUUUAGCUCGGUAAGGUAGAGGAAAGUGAUUGUCGUUUGAGGUGUCUGGCCAGCUAAUAUUGAGAAAUGGUGUCCCCAAGGCAGGUCUUUGGAAAGUCGGUCUAUAACCCUGGAGAAGCAUCCUGUGUUAGUGACGAAUCAGUUCUCUUUCUGAGGCGCCGAGUGUGGCUCUUAACGUCUGUUCUGCAGCUUGAGGGUUCCUCGGGCACCACCAUCUGUGGCUCAGUCGUAGUUCCAAGCAGUUAAAAUCGGAUGAAAUGAACAAAACUCAGGCCUUCCAGAAGGACUGAGUUGGGCAAAAACUUCAAGGAUUUAUGGUCAUCUACCAACAGAUUUUCUCCCAAAAGAAAAGCUACUUUAUAUACCCCAUUUAGAUGCUCGGGCCAAUGAUAAUUUUAGAUUUGGGGGUGUAACCACCCGUUUAUGGCCUUUGCAGAGGAAUCUGGAAACACUUUCUGUUGUUGACAUGCUCUAUAGCACUGUUUUCUGUAUUCUAGACUCCGUGGUACCCAUCUGUUAUAUGGCAAGCAAGAAAAGUUAGUUCUGCUUUCUGGGGUGUGGAAAUAGGCUAGCUCUGUGAGUGAGUGAAACACAGAAGUCUCCUUAAUGUUCUUAGUAGAAAGUUUCGUUCUUUUUUUUUUUAACUGCUAAUUAUUUUAAAGUCACAACAUUUUAUUUGUACUUCAGACCCUAAUUUUUUUUUCAAAGUUUUCGAUUGACUGCAAAAAUCCUGCUUGAGGCAACUGAGGUUUGAAAAUUCUCCAGAGUUUCACUUUCUGUUCUUAGAUCUGCUUCUAAGUUCACUCCCCACGCUGAAAUAGAUCACUGGAAAAAACAAGUGUGUGAAGACUUCUAACUUACAAUAUUAUGAUAUUGGCCUUUUAGAGUUAACACACUCUGCUUUGAAAAACAUAAUUUUGUAUUCUGCAAAGCUAAUGUGUUACUUGGUAUUCCCUAGUUCGCGGCCCCCUUGCACAGGGUGGGUAUUAGUAAAAUCUAAUGGAAUUGGAAUUAGUGUUUAGGAAAGGGCAGGAUUCUCCAGCUGAGCCAGCAUGCUUUUUUUUUUUUUUUUCCAAAUGAGGAUUGUGUAACUCAUUUUUUUGCUCUUCAGGAAGCUCCUAAUCUAGGACGUAGUGAGCUUUUCUUCUAAAUGAGUUUCCAUACCUCCUUUUGAAUGUUGUUUUCUGUGUGUUUUCUAAAUGUCCAUUUCUGUAUGUCCUCCUUAGCUUUAAUGGUGAAAGCCACCCUGAGUUCUUUUUAGAAGGGUGAAGAAAGCGUAUAAUUAAUAGUUAAUCUUAAAAAUUCAGAAGACAGAUGCACAUAUCCGAUUUUACUUAUGCGUUUAUGUGUAAUUAAUCAUGGAAGUAAGAAGAAAAUAAGGGAUUUUUUUUGAAAACCAGCUUAUUUUAGGAUCUGGCAUUACGCCAAAAAAGCCUCAGCAGUGAAAUAAAAUUUCCGUCAAGAUGUCAUUGAUUUCCCGUUAGCAGACGUUUUGCGCUCUUGAAUUUUAUGAUGAUGAUGCAUUUGAAAACGUCACGCUGCUGGGUUUCUGUACCCAGGUAUUCAAUGACUUGGGUCAUUUUUCUUAAUCUUUUAUUGUUUCUUCUCCCUCCCUGAGAGGAAACUUUAGACCUUUCUACCCCAUGCAUUUCCCCUUAAUUUUAAACCACCAAUACAUUGUAUAUCCCUUUAUGUACUUUAGGCAUAUUUGUGCUUUACACAUUAAAAAAAAAAAAAAGGCAGGAUUUUUUUUGUGUAUCCCACUAACCAGUUUUCAUCUCCUUGAGGAUGAUUUCACCCCUGAUGAGAAUGCAUGAGUUAGGUCCAUCCACUUAGGAGACGGGCUUAGUUUUUAGUAUACAGUCUGCAGUCGGGGUUGUAACUUUUUCCCCUUGAAGCUUGUAUCUUACAUCCCUUGGACAGUUCAUUUCAGGCCGUUUCUGAAGAUCAGGCUCAUUAGAUAUUUUCCUGGCCCAGUUCCCAAUGACUGAUCAUUUUCACAGGAAAGAAGACUUGCUUCCUUCCUCCUGGGUGUGGUUUUCUUGCUUUUGUUACAGACUGGCUGACAGCUGUUUAGAUCUUUUUGACUUUGGGCCGGUGGGUUUUUCUCCUGGGUUGCGGGUUUUGGGGUAGCUAGCAUACUGUCCAGAGCGGAAGUUCCUUCCUCAGUACCUCACGUGGGGGGCUGUCAACUCCUGGAAUGUUAACCCUGAUCACUUGGUUGAAGGUGUGUUUGCCAGGUGUGUCCGCUGUAGUGUUACGGUAUCUCCCUUUCCACACCCUCUCCUUGGGCCUUGUGUCACCAAGUCCAGCCCACACUCAAGAUGGGGUGGGGUUAAGCUCCGCCUCUGGGAACCCAGAGCGUCUAUAUGUGUUGUUGGGAGUUCUUCUGCGCGUCCGGUUGGUCCCCCAUCUUCUGUUCAUUCAUCCAGUCGUUUCUAUCUGUACGGAUUCAUGUGUGUCUAGACUGAGGGUUAGAAUCCACAGAUUGCAGUGGGUGUUUUGGUUUUUGUUUUUGAUCACAUUGUCUCAGCUUUGGCCAUCCAGAGCUCUUUCGGGUUGGCCCCUGUGUUCCUGUGACAUGCCCGAGCCCUUUUGUGUUUUGAGUACUUUGAGGUACGUCCAGGCUCACCGCGUGUCCUUGCUGAGCCGUAACACACUGCUUACUGAUUGUGAGCUUUGUAUUUACUUUUACCUCCAUUUAGUGUGCGAUGCACAUACAGCAUCUUCUCUUUAUUACACCUCGUUGGAGCUGGAGAGCUCUUUGGAUUUGGGCUUCCGUCCUGUUUGCUCAUCCGCAGGGUUUCGUGCUGUUUGUAGUUCCGAUGAACCUCUGCCUCGUUAGUACGUCUUCAUUUAAACCUCCGACACCUGUGCUUCUUGGGAUUUUCGCUUGUUUCCUGGGACCUUCCUGUUUGCUCCUUUUGAGACUGCUAGGAUUUGGACAAUUAUUCUAUCUGGACCCUUUCUCGUGAGUUUGGAUGGUGGAGUCUCUGGUAUUACCACACAGACAGAAGGUGGGAGAGCUCAAAGAUUGUACUUAGUAGCAACAGGUUGUUAACAUUUUAGCUGUUACACUUGACAGCGCAUUGACGAGCGGUGCAGCGGUUCGUGCACACGUGGGUUCGUGCACACGUAUGUGCAGAUUCGUGCGUCUGUACUUUCUAACCCGGGCAGAGGUCUCUGAGUUUUUGUGACUGGUGUGGAUCAAUACUUACGGAUUUUUAGGUCUCCACGGAUUUCUCGAAAACAUGUCUUGGAGGAACGUGAAAGGUUCCCUUAACUUUUGACUUGGCUCCAGUACAUCACAAGAACACUCCAAAAGCUGUACUUUGAGAGCACCGGUACGUCUUUGUCUCCGUGGCUCAGCGUCAGUACCACGUGGUCUUGAGCUUCCUCCGUAGCACAUCCGUGUGUUCCAUGCUGGGGCAGAAUGAGCACGUGUUGUUGGUGUACGCCCGGUGGUAUUUCCACCGCUGACUUCCUCAAGCGCUAUGCGUCCAGGACCCACGCCGGGGAAUUUCAGACAGCCGACGAAGACCUCUGCUACUGCCUGGAGUGUGUGGCCGAGUACCACAAAGCACGCGACGACCUGCCCUUCCUGCAUGAGGUUUUGUGGGAAUUAGAAACCUUACGUCUCAUAAAUCAUUUUGAAAAAUCCAUGAAGGCAGAAAUUGGGGACGAUGAUGAAUUGUACAUAGUAGACAACAAUGGAGAGGCACAGCUUUUUGACUUCACUGGCCAAGACUUUGAAAAUAAGCUUCGGGUUCCUCUUCUUGAAAUCCUGAAGUAUCCGUAUCUGCUUUUACACGAGCGUGUUAACGAAUUAUGUGUUGAAGCACUUUGUCGGAUGGAACAAGCUAAUUGCUCCUUUCAGGUUUUUGACAAACAUCCAGGCAUUUAUUUGUUUCUGGUCCAUCCCAAUGAAAUGGUUCGGCGUUGGGCUAUCCUGACCGCAAGGAACUUGGGAAAAGUGGACAGAGAUGACUAUUAUGAUCUGCAGGAGGUUUUGACUUGUCUUUUUAAAGUCAUUGAGUUGGGGCUUCUGGAAGAUCCAGACAUCUACACUUGUUCUGUCCUCGAGAAGGGUAAACUGAUUCUUCUGCCUGCGCACAUGUACGAUACCACCAACUACAAGAACUAUUGGCUAGGUAUUUGCAUGUUGCUGACCAUUCUUGAGGAGCAGGCUAUGGACUCCCUGUUGCUGGGCUCGGACAAACAGAAUGAUUUCAUGCAAUCAAUCCUUCACACCAUGGAGAGGCAAGCAGAUGAUGAUAGCGUGGAUCCUUUCUGGCCAGCAUUACACUGUUUCAUGGUGAUUCUGGAUCGCCUCGGAUCAAAGGUCUGGGGUCAACGCAUCGAUCCUAUUGAGGCGUUUCAGACCAUUAUCAGUAACAUGAGCUACAAUAGAGAGAUCCAAAAUAUACGGAACAGCUCUGUAAGGACCAAGUCAGAACCGGAGUCGUAUUUGGAUGAUACAGUGACUUGUAGCCAGAUCGUGUACAAUUACAACCCUGAAAAGACCAAAAAGGAUUCCGGGUGGAGAUCAGCCAUUUGCCCAGAUUACUGUCCUAACAUGUACGAAGAGAUGGAAACGUUAGCCAGUGUGCUUCAGUCAGAUAUCGGUCAAGACAUGCGUGUUCACAAUAGCACGUUUCUGUGGUUCAUCCCCUUUGUUCAGUCCCUCAUGGAUCUUAAGGAUUUGGGUGUGGCUUACAUAGUAGAGGUGAUUCACCAUCUGCACUCUGAAGUCAAAGAUGUCCUCAACCAAACAGAUGCUGUGUGUGACAAAGUUACUGAGUUUUUCCUUCUGAUUUUGGUGUCCGUGAUUGAACUGCACAGAAAUAAAAAAUGUUUGCACUUGCUGUGGGUUAGUUCCCAGCAGUGGGUGGAGGCUGUUGUAAAAUGCGCCAAGCUUCCCACCACCGCGUUUGCACGGAGUUCUGAGAAGUCAUCUGGAAAUUGCUCCAAAGGAGCAGCAGUGAUCUCGUCUCUGUCACUGCAUUCGAUGCCAUCUAAUUCUGUCCAGCUGGCUUGUGUGCAGCUGAUCAGAAGUCUCCUUAAAGAAGGGUAUCAGCUUGGGCAGCAGACUCUGUGCAAGCGAUUCUGGGACAAGCUCAACUUGUUUCUGCGUGGGAAUUUAUCUCUGGGUUGGCAGUUGACUACUCAGGAAACCCAUGAGUUACAAACUUGUUUAAAGCAAAUUAUUAGAAACAUAAAAUUCAAAGUACCUCAGUGUAGCACUUUUGUGGAUCUGACUCCCGUAUGUAAAACCCCUCCUGCGUCUUACAAUAAAGAAGAAAGUGAACAGACAGGGAAGAAAUCUAAAAAAGGCCUGCCCUGUCCGGAAAACUCCAGCCCAACAUUUUCUAAAGGACCAACGAAAGCUGAAGCAUUUCAAAUGCCAGAGAAUAGAUUGGUCAAAGCAAGUAACGCUGGCGAAGAGGAUAGUGAGCACAGUUACAUAAAAGAUUUGAAACUAGAAGGCCGUCUCUCAGCAGAGACGUGCAUAAAGCAGGGUAGCAAAAGGCUUUUCCCGGAAAGAGCUCAAGAUGCAGUUAAAACAAGUAAAGGGAAGCAGAAGUCUGUGAAGGAGAAUCCUACGGAUUCCAGAAAUGGUCCGGAAAGGGGAUGUGACAGAGGGGUGAUAAUAGCCGCACGUUCGUUGACUGAUUCUGGCACCGACUCCCUGGAGAAGGCGUCCACAUCAACUGAGGAUUUCUCUUUCAAGGAUGAUGUUCUUGGCAAAACCUCAAAAGGAAAAACUAAGGGACAGAAAGCUGAAAUCUGUGCUAAGUUAUCACAUGUAAUAAAGAAGCAACACAGGAAAAGUACUUUGAUCGAUGACGUCAAUUUAGAGGAAACACUGACUGUGUCUACCAUUGACAGUUUCUUUUCAAGGAAAGAUUCAGGAGGUCAGAAAGGGGAUGGCUUCAUAAACCAUCUCUCUUUAGACCCUGAUGACGUUCCCGAUGAUAAAAACGGGGAGCGAAAAUCUCAAAACAGUUUAUUGCUGAAGAAGAAACACUUCAAGACCAAAGAGUUAGAUAUUUUCUCUGCCCAUGAAAAUAGCUGUCAAAUACAGGAACGCCAAGCGGACGGUAAAGAUUUGGUCUCGUUUACGGAAAUGGCCGAUCCUUGUGUGAAGAAAACCUCUCCCUUCAAAGACCCCGUGACUCUUCUUGAAUCGAGAGAUAAGGAAGCUGGCAAGAGUACCACCAGUCAGGGGUCUUCUCACUUGAGGGAACAGGCUCCUAGCCUCAGUCCACAGUCCAACACCUUGACAGAUUCCCAGAUAGACCGAGACCUCCACAAAUUAUCUUUGAUAGCCCAAGCCAGUGUUAUUAAGUUUCCGUCGGAGUCAACUCAAAAGAGCUCAUCCCAGCUACAAAGAAAAGUAAAAGAUAAAAGGUGUUUCACAGCUAACCCGAAUAAUGCUGGAGAAGCCUGCCGGGGCCAGGUGAUUAUCAUUUCAGAUUCUGAUGAUGAUGAUGGUGACGAAGGGAUUCUGGGUUUUGAGAAACACAUUAAACGAGAUAAAAUAGGCAUCAAGAAAGAAUAUCCAGAGGAGCAUACUUCAGUAGCUAGUACAAAUGUGGAACAGAAGCUAAUAAAGGAAGAAGAGGCAAAGUCCCUAUUGGAGUUUGAGGAAUCGGAUUCUCAGUUUUUUGAGUUUGAAAGUCCACAUGAGGUGUUUUCAGUUUGGCAAGAUCAGGAACCAGACGACAAGAACUCAGUUCAAGAGGAUGAAAACAAGUCACGUCUGACUCGCCUAAACGAUGUCACGAAUGAUUGGGGUUAUGAUACAGAUUAUGUAUCUGAAGAGGUUAUUAAGAAAGUAGCAGAGGGCAUUGAAAAACACACAGAACCACAGAGUGGUAGUUCUGUCGGGGAAUUUUGUGCAACUGAAGUGAAAAAACGUAAGAGAAAACGAUAUGAAAAACCUGUAGCUGAAGAUCCUCUGAGGCCUUCACCUUCUGAGAGAAAUGAGGACCAGUCUGAUAAUGAGAGAGGUCUGACUGGAAGUGAUCUUAAAAGUAUAGAGCUGAGGUCAAGUUCCAGGUCGAAUCUUCAAAGAGACACUACAGAUUCACUAAAGAAGUCUUCUCCAAAGCUUCGUACUUACUCCAAACCCGUUAGGAGAGUCCCGCAUUCUAAAACUAAGAAAACACAUUCAGAUACCAAAAAAGGGCAGAAUAAAAGUUCGAAUUACAUAAGCUGUAGGACGACUCCUGCUAUAGUCCCACCAAAGAUACUUCGCCAGUGCCCUGAACCAACUUCAACUGUUGAAAAACUUGGUCUGAAAAAGGCUCCUCGUAGGGCAUUCGAUUUAUCUCAGCGAUCUCUAGGGUAUUUAGUUCAGUUACGGGACCAUGGCAAAACCGUGGGAGUGGUUGAUACCAGAAAAAAGGCUAAAUUAAUUUCUCCUCAGACUCUCUCUCUCAAAAAUAAUAAGAAACUGUUGACAAGUCAAGAUCUUCAGUCGCGAAGGCAGGCGAAACACAAAUCAAAGCAGAAGAGGCGAGGAUCUCUGGGUUCUGAAAGUAGGACUCCUACAAGAGCAGGGCUGCGUUCAGCCCAGAAUCCUGACCCUCCCGUCCCAGAAUCCGAUAGCUCAGAUUAUCGUGCUAACGGAGGCGCCGAGGUGGGUGCUACCAAUACUGGAAAGCCAUCGAUAAAACGCGCGUCUUCGGAACCAGAACCCGUGAAAACGAUACGUGUUUCUCAGGUGGCUGAUGAUCCUUGCCUUUCGAACCAGUGCACUUCUGUUGUGUUAAAUGGAAGAGAAGCAACACAUGAAGCCAUUGUCUCUACGUCAGCUGACCCUUUAGGUGGAGGCGACCUAACAGAACAUCGUUUAGAGUUGACCGCUCUGAAAGAGGGAGAGCCCAGAUGCAACAGUGACUCGGAAGAUGAGAAUAUAUUUCUAACCCAGCGCGAUCCCGCAGAUAUGGAUUUAUGUUCACAAAUGGAAAAUGGUAACGAGAAACUCAUCGAAGUAGUUCAUGGAAAAGAGACAGCUCUGAUGGAAGAAGAAUCCUGGAGCAGCACAAAAUGUAAGUACAAGGAUUGUGUCGAAGCCGCGCAAAAGCAGGGUGAAUACUGCUCCAAACACUGCGAAGCUAAAGCGGUGGAUGAAGAUGUGUUUCGUAAACCGGGCCUGCCCCCCUCUGCGUCCAAGAGACCCUCCACUGCCAAGGUCUUUAGCUCAAGUAGUACUUCACGAAUCGCCAAUCUUUCGAAGUCUUUGGAAAGUUCCUCCAUACCGCCACCGGCUCUCAAACAGAAGUCAAACGGGGUACCAUCUGUUUUGAAAGUCCCACAGCCAGCCUCUGUGUUGUCUCCAAAGCCAAUGGGUGAGGUGAAGAGUUUGUCUGAUGUUCUCCGUCCUCAGACCCUGAAUAAUUCCAACAGGCAAGGUUACAAGCUUACGUUUGGCGAAAGCAGAUCUUUUUCGGCUUCCUCUGCGGUGAAUGUUCUCUUGUCCUCACAGUCUAUCUCGGACACCUUUGUUAAAGAGGUCUUAAAGUGGAAGUACGAAAUGUUUGUGAACUUUGAUCAGUGUGGGCCCCCCACCAGCCUUUGUCAGUCCAUCUCAAGACCGGUGCCUGUCAGAUUUCAAGAUUGUGGAGAUUAUUUCAGUGUUUUUUUCCCUUUGAUGAUACUGAAUACUUUUGAAACGGUGGCACAGGAGUGGAUCAGCUCUCCAAACAAAGAGAAGUUCUAUCAGUUGCAUGUACGGAAAUUUCCUGCUGAUUAUAAAAAGUACUGGGAGUUUGUGGUUCAUCUUGAGGAAUGUGAACUAACUAAACAGCUGCAUCCAAAGGAAAAUGAUUUGGUGUUUUUGGUUCUUGAAAAACAAAAUGGAGAGAAGAAGAACACAGAGAGAAGUCGCAUGCCGGAUCUCCACGAAUAUCACUGCGGUUAUGUUCAUAAAUUUCGCCGCACCUCAGUCAUGCGUAAUGGGAAAUCUGAGUGUUCCCUUUCCAUCCAGACUCAAGAUAAUUUGCCACUCAGUUUAAAUGAACUCGUGAAAUGCACUGUAAUCAGUUCUCUGGUAACUACACAGAGGAAGUUGAAAGCCAUGUCUUUGUUGAGUGGACGGAACCAACUAGCCAGAGCUGUUCUGAACCCAAACCCCAUGGACUUCUGUACGAAAGAUUUACUGACUACGACGUCUGAGAGAAUCAUCGCCUACUUGAAAGAUUUCAACGAAGACCAAAAGAAAGCGAUAGAAACUGCAUACGCCAUGGUCAAACACUCCCCAUCGGUUGCCAAGAUCUGUUUGAUUCAUGGACCACCUGGAACAGGAAAGUCAAAAACGAUCGUUGGCCUUCUGUACCGCCUGCUGACAGAGAACCAGAGGAAGGGGCGUUCAGAUGAAAACUCCAAUGCCAAAAUCAAACAAAACCGUGUCCUUGUGUGUGCACCUUCCAACGCGGCUGUUGAUGAACUUAUGAAAAAAAUCAUCCUCGAAUUUAAAGAGAAGUGUAAAGACAAGAAGAAUCCUUUGGGAAACUGUGGAGAUAUAAAUUUAGUACGUCUGGGUCCAGAAAAGUCUAUUAAUAAUGAGGUCCUAAGAUUUAGUUUGGACAGCCAAGUUAACCACAGAAUGAAAAAAGACUUACCUUCUCAUGUUCAGGAGAUGCAUAGAAGAAAGGAAUUUCUGGAUCAUCAGCUAGAUGAACUUUCCCGCCAGCGUGCUUUAUGCCGAGGUGGAAAGGAAACACAGAGGCAAGAAUUAGAUGAAAAAAUCGCAAAGGUUUCAAAAGAGAGGCAGGAACUAGCUUCUAAAAUUAAAGAGGUUCAAGGACGCCCACAAAAAACACAGAGCAUCAUCAUCUUAGAGUCCCACGUCAUCUGCUGCACACUGAGCACGAGUGGCGGUUUACUGCUCGAGUCUGCUUUUCGUGGGCAAGGGGGUGUCCCCUUCAGUUGUGUCAUCGUCGAUGAGGCUGGGCAGUCUUGUGAAGUGGAGACUCUUACCCCGCUCAUCCAUCGUUGUAACAAGCUGAUCCUCGUCGGAGACCCAAAACAGCUCCCUCCCACGGUCAUUUCCAUGAAAGCACAGGAGUAUGGCUAUGACCAGUCGAUGAUGGCUCGCUUCUGCAAGCUGCUGGAAGACAGCGUAGAGCACAAUGUGAUCGGCAGGCUGCCUGUUUUACAGCUUACUGUUCAGUACAGGAUGCACCCAGACAUAUGUCUCUUCCCCUCUAAUUAUGUUUAUAACAGAAGCUUGAAAACAAAUAGACUGACUGAAACCAAUCGGUGUUCAUCAGACUGGCCAUUUCAACCUUACCUCGUGUUUGAUGUCGGAGACGGUUCAGAAAGACGGGAUAAUGACUCAUAUAUAAAUGUUCAAGAAAUAAAACUGGUAAUGGAAAUAAUUAAACUUAUUAAAGACAAAAGAAGGGAUGUUACUUUCCGGAACAUUGGCAUAAUAACCCAUUACAAGGCUCAGAAGACGAUGAUUCAGAAGGAUUUGGACAAAGAGUUUGAUAGAAAAGGGCCGGCAGAAGUAGAUACUGUGGACGCGUUCCAGGGCCGCCAGAAAGAUUGUGUUAUCGUCACGUGUGUCAGAGCAAAUGCCAUGCAAGGCUCCAUUGGAUUUCUGGCAAGUUUGCAAAGAUUGAAUGUCACCAUUACACGAGCCAAGUACAGCCUCUUCAUCCUCGGACAUUUAAGGACCUUGAUGGAAAAUCAGCACUGGAAUCACCUGAUUCAGGAUGCACAGAAGCGGGGUGCCAUUGUCAAGACGUGCGACAAAAACUACAGGCACGACGCAGCCAAGAUUCUGAAACUCAAGCCCGUCCUGCAGAGAAGUCUGACUCACCCGCCCACCGUGGCCCCGGAGGUGGCCAGGCCCCAGGGUGGCUUGCCCAGCAGCAAGCCAGACGGUGAAUUUGCCAAGACGUCUUUCCCUUCCUCCCUGUAUCACGUGCCUUCUGGCUGUAAGGAAUCCACUGGUACUGUUACCACCAAGGACCCUGAAAGACCUCCUAUUCAGGACCGGCUUCGGGACCCACGACUGCUUAGGAGGCUGGGCAUAGACCCCGAAGCCAAAGGGACAUGCCCGAGGGAUCCGCAGCCCCUGAGCCCCCAGCAUCCUGGGGCCACACCUCCCUCGGGGGAGCCAGGCUUCCCUCUGAGUCACCAGGACCUGGGUGGUGCCCAGCUGUCCACCGCCAGAGGGACCACGCUGAGCAACCAGAACCCUCCCGUGCAGUGGGAGCCUCCAGCUGCCGGUACGGAUGUCUCCGCUAGUAAAAGAGCAUGUGACUGGGAAGGAGGGCUCAGCCGCAGGAGAGAGACCAGGGCUUUCAGCGAAGGGGACCGGGAGACGCAGAGCCCGGAGAGCCGUCACCCGAAGAGGCGCUCUGGCUGGGACAACAGGAGACUGGAGGAGGAAGCCAGUGGUUCCAAGAAAAGAAAGUUUUUAUAGUAAAGCCAAGUGACAGAGAUGGUCAGCCCCAGCAUCAUCGCAAACUUAAGAUGGCCACUAAUGGGACUGUCCAGAUCAGAUUAUUUUUGUCCUUAAAGGAGUUUGUGUGCUGUUGGAAAACAUGGAAAACGUAUCCUAACACCUGAACCUCUCGGUAUCUUCGAUAUCUUCUGUCAGCCGCAAAAGCUGUCGAGGGCGUUUGUGUGUCCGUUAUAUUGUCCUUGAAGACUUAAAACGUUGAUCUCUUGUUCUUGUAUAGUAAGGGAGACUGGAGUGGAUGGUGUAAAAGUUGAAGUGUACAUUUGUAUAGCAAAUAACAAAAUCCUUUUAAAAUGUAAUCUAGUAGACCGUUUUUCUUUCCCCUGCUUAAAAUGUUGCUCAUUUCCAACAGAACAAACUUUAUAUCUAAAAAAAAUAAAAAGGGGCAGGAGGAGGAGGAGGAGGACAGGCCCUUUCAAACAUUGUUAUGGCAAGACAGACUCUUCAGCCCGGGUAGUGUGCAGUAAGCUCAGUUAACGCUGGUGGGUCAGAUGUCUCUAGUUCUGUUUAAAAAAACAAGUGGAGUCUCCUGGGGGAACCUUCAGGAAGCAGAGCUAUGUUAGGUGAAGUUCUGCUGAUGUUGGGUGUUUUUAGAUGAGGCUCCUUGGCACAGAAUAUUACGUUUCUCUGAUGAGUUCAUCUGCCUGUUUCAGGGAGCACAUGGGUUUCGAGCUAAAAUUCUGAUUUCCCCUUGAGAUAGAAGAAUACGAAAUGAAAGAAUCACUCUUGAGAUACCAUUCAGAUGCCCCCCAGCGUAUUGUGAGCAUCCCGGAACCGGUGGGUUACAAGUCCAGUGGUCGUCAGGUGCCGGAUCCGUGCAGGGGGGGACGGGACCCUGGAAGAGCCACCGAGGCUUGGGUGUGAAAGCUUGCCGGUUGCCGGGAGAAUCCGACCAGUUUGUUUUGGGGGGAGCGAGAGGAACUGCCUGUUACUCCCCCCCGCCCCCCCAGGGGAUUCUGGUCACUAACCGGGCAGCCUGGGACCCGAGAGGGCAGGCCAGAUAGAAUAUUGUGGGCAGGAAAUCCCUCUCUCUGAAAAGAGGAGGAGAAGAGUGCAGACAUGUGAGGUUGAGACCCAGGAAGAGAGCGGACAGGUUUCCUGUGAGCUCUGGGGCCCGCGUUACCUGCUGCCAGUACAUCAGUGCGGCAGGAUCAUCUGAUCGGAGGGGAUGGUGCUGUUGUGGAGGGGAGUGCCGCGGCGAGCGGACGUUUGUCUGGACACGGGAGGCCUGUCUGACCGCAGGGUCAGACGUGAGGGUGCACGGUAGCGGGUGACACUCGUCAGAACCAGUGGUUUGUAGCGACUGCUAGGCAGCCCGUUAGCUACUCUGGGGAGGAGACCAGACCCCUGGAGAUCCACAUGCACCGUUCAAAAUGCUGUCCUCUGCUUUUUAAGCCAAGGGGGCUUUGUGUCAGAACUUCUACUGAAACUGGUUGUUUAAGAGCUUUAACACAUUUGCCAGAAGUUUUAAACCUACCUUCUGUGACCCACGUCCCGCCCAGCGGGGUCCAGAUGGCUGCUGGUGUUGGGCAAACACUCCUGGCCCUGGGGCACGUGCUCCGUCCCCCGUUGGUGGGCAGAACACUUGUCCUUGGCCACGCAGUGUAAGCGCAGGGUGUGGGGUGCAGGGCGAGCCCCACCCCGUCUGAGUCAGGGGCUCUGUAAGCUUCCCGCAUGUGCCUUUGGCACGAAACCUCAUUGUUAGUUUGAGUUCACUUUGCUGCUAUCUUGUAAGAUGCCUCAUUGAGCGGAUACUUGGUGGUGACGAUUUAAAGGGUCGAAGAACUCCGUAGGCUCCUAAAAGGCGUGACAGUGACAGGCAGAGCUGGGGUCAGGAACUUCUCCCUCUGCUGGUGCAGCACAGAAAUGAAGAGAGAAGUGCCAAACCCGGGCGGUGCUCUUUCCUGGGGCCCAAUGUUAACACCCGUCCUGGCGCUGUGUUCUUCUGUCGGUUCGCCACCCGCCCAGCCUGUGUCCCGACAGCCCCUCCCUGGGAACACAGUCCCGCCUGAUCCCGCAUUUGAAACUGUUUGUUGUUCUGGUUGGUAAAAAUGUUGGCAUAAAUCAUUUCGUACAGGCGCCUCUCUGGUGGUGGCGGUCAGAACAGUGUCGUUCUCGCAGAGUGAAAAAUACGGCUGUUUUCUUCGUCCUUGCCGUGGCUUUGGAAGGAAGUGCCCCGUUUUCUUUCCGUGUUCGUUCAUUUCACCACGAAUACAUCCUACUCAAACGCUUGUUUUGCCUCUUUGUAUACAACCUUCCUUGGCUUUACUGUGCAUGGUUUAUUUGGUGAAUAUGUUUUCAUGUAUUACCAGGAGCAGAUUUGAUAAGUACAUGUGAAUAACCUCCUGUAAAUGAAUUUUAUAACAAAAAUGUACUAAACCAUUUUCUAAAAUUA